AUGCUGGCAAAGAAAAUUGCGCGAUGUAACUUUUUAUGGAAUGGUCCUCCCCCUCUAACUUAUCCUUUUCUUCCAUUACAUAUUGGUGAAAAAGUAACUGUUGCGUGCAGUUGCGAUGACUGGUCGUAUGGUAGCAGUCUGGACAACGAGAACAGAUUUGGAAUAUUUCCGAAUAACGCAGUAAUAUCAUUUAAUGAAUCGGUACCAACUAUAUCGAAUGAAGCAAUUGAGAUCGUUGAAGAGCUCACCGAUAUUCUCAAGGAAUGGUGGCAUACAAUUAAGAACACUUAUUAUCAUCAGGCAAGGAUGGAGUGUCAGGAUGAAGUGCUAGUGUACAUGGAAGAUAUAAUGAUAAUGCGCAAGAAAAUACUUUCGGGUAAUGUUCCCAUUGAAGAACUACGGGAAAUGAGAUCAGAAUUAGCUAGGAAAAUCGAUCUAGGCAAUCAGUGGUUGGGUCUUGAUAUGCUUAUCAGAGAUGAUAUGGGCAGGAAAAUAGAUAGCGACACGACGUCAGUGGUGCAAGUAUAUCGCGCUCAUGUAGACGCUGCCAGUAGGAUUCUGAACGAUUCUAAACCCAAUGACACAUCUGGCGUAACUUCUUUUUCUCUACUGGUUCAUGCUCUUUCCGCUACGGUUGACUCGAAAGCUGAGUGCGAAUUCACAUUAUCUUUAUAUGAUACCUCCGAAAAGAAGUUUAUAUCCGAAAACUUCGUAUUUUACUGGAGUUUCUCCACGGGUAAUUUGACAAAUAGCAAUAGCAAAGUUCUGUUCAAUGAUCUCGGUCCAAAAGAAUAUCCUUCAUCUUCGUUAUCGGUAGAAACUCAUCGCCUUUUGCUAUGUAUUAGAGUUGCACGAAUUGCUCCAAUUGAACAGACUUCCUCAACUUUGAAGAAACAUGUUGACCCCGGUCCACCUCAGCUUUGGCCCAGACAACCAUAUGCUGCUGCGGUACUGGAUCUGUCAAAUGUUAUAGGCGACCCACAUGGUGCUACUGAACAUAUUAUUUCUUUAAAUCGUGAUGAUAGCUUGGAACAGCUGAUAGCUCGAGCAAGCUCCGCAAGGACAAAUAAUUCUUUAAAAGCAGUGAACGGAGAACUGUCUGCGUUUGGACGAGCUCAGCUGAUGAUCUCAACGAAAGUUCUUAUUGGUUCAUUAAUUCAAAUAAAAAAGAUGCAUCCUCAGAUAUUUUCAAGCAAUUCACCAUUCGAAUUGAGAAGAUUGUCGUUUGCAGAUGUUAUUUCGGCAGAUGACAUUCGGAAUGAUUUAUAUGUUACAUUGCUACAUGGUGAUUUACAUGGUGGCAAAGGGUCGGACAAAAAUAUUGAAGUACGAAUAACAGUCGUUGAUACGAACGGAAUAGUUGAAAAUAGUAUCGUUGUGAUCACUGCAGACGGAAUACGUUGGACUACAACAUACCAAAGUCUGGUUUUUUAUCAUGAUGAUAGACCGAAGUGGAACGAAUCUAUCAAAGUACAAAUACCGGAAAACAUCGAUCAGAAUAUUCAUCUUCGAAUAACUUUUCAUCAUAAAAAGGCUUUUGAUAAAACAAAACAAGAAAAAGGACCUUUUGCAUUAUCAUUUGCGCGCAUUAUGGAAGGUGCAACUUUGAUCAGAGAUGGUUUACAUGAAUUAUUAGUUUAUAAGAUUGAAACCGGGCGUUUUGACGAUAAUGAUACUAGUUAUACGCGAUUGCCUGCCACACGAGAGGAACUCAAGGCUUCUCAGGCUCAGUUAAAGCCUCAGACGACAACCUUUAUUUACGGAGAAAAAAAUUUUCUAACAAUUGAAACA